AUGUCUUCCAUCACUCCGAAACAGGUCGACGUCCUGGUUGUUGGUGCCGGCCUCAGCGGACUUAGAGCUGCCCUAAAGGUCCAGGCUGCUGGAUAUUCCUGUGCAGUUGUCGAAGCGAUCGAUCGUGUCGGUGGGAAGGCACUAAGCGUUCCAUCCAACCCCGGUAGCCCCGGUGUCAACGAUAUCGGCGCGGCCUGGAUCAACGACACCACACAGAAGGAGAUGUACCAGCUGCUAAAGAAGUAUGGGUUGCAUGGAGAGGUCCAGCGCGCAGAGGGCAUGAGUGUGAUGCAGCUUCCAGAUACAUCUAUUCUGCACCCUCAUGGUGAACUUCCAUUUCCCGACGAAGACCAGGUGAAAGUCGCGUCUGCCCUCGAGCAUAUCAGAGGUCUCGUAUCCGAUAUCAACCUGAACAACCCUACUUCGACCAGUCUGGGCAAAGACUUGGACAGAGUGACCGUCAGGGAAUACUGCGGCAAACACUUCUCCGACGUGGUGACUGGCUUGGUGGAGUCUAUUGUGCAGUCACUCCUCGGUCUUGAAGGAGAUGAGAUUAGCAUGCUUUCCUUUGUCUUCGGCUGCAAAUCUGGUACGGGGAUUGACCCUUUAAUCUCGGACGAGGUCGACGGGGCACAGUAUCUUAGAGUCCGCGAAGGUACCCAAUCCUUCUCCCAAAACAUGGCUAAGGAGCUUGAACCUGAAUCACUCUACCUGUCGACGCCAAUUACUGGGAUUGAACAGGCCUUUGACCCGGGUCUCUGUACAGUGAAAUCAUCAGACCAAAGAACGUUCCAGGCAAAGCGAGUCAUAGUCUCGGUUCCGAGUACGCUUUACAAGAAAAUAGACUUCAACCCUGAACUGCCCGAGGCAAAAGCCCGUCUUGCCAAGGAAACUACCAUGGGCUACUACAGCAAGAUGAUCUAUGUGUUCGAGCAGCCAUGGUGGCGCACUGCCGAACUAUCGGGGACUAUCCAGUCCCAGGUUGGCCCCAUCCUGUUUUCACGAGACACCAGCGUCCCCAGUGAUGGACAGUGGUCAAUCACCUGCUUUAUUGUUGCAGAGACAGGACGUCAAUGGUCGCAAUUGUCCGAGAAGGAAAGGAAGAAUGCAACUUGGAAACAAUUCCGAGAGGCCUUUGAGACAGCUUGCGCUGAAGCAAAUGUCUCUGUUCCACCGCCCAUCAAUGUCAUCGAGAUGGAGUGGUCGAAGGAGGAAUUCUUCGGCGGUGCUCCUUGUCCUGCACCGCGGCCAGGUCUUCUCACGGAAAUUGGUGCAGCAUCACGAAGCGCGCCAUUUGGCAAUGUCCAUUUUGUAGGUACGGAGACGUCCACUCAAUGGAAUGGGUACAUGGAGGGAGCAGUUCUGUCUGGGGACCGUGGUGCUCAAGAGGUUAUCGAGGCUCUUGGAAAGUAA